AUGCCCUCAAGGUCCCUGUUUGCUAAGGCAAACUUCGCUGGUCCUCGGUGCGCGGGGCGCUACAACAUGAUCCCUUCCGCCUCUCACUCACCGAAACGUCGCGCACGUGUCCCCUCGUCGCACUCGUUUCCCCUCGUCGCACUCGUUUCCCCUCUUCGCACGCGUUUUCCCUCGUCGCACUCGUUUCCCCUCGUCGCACUCGUUUCCCUCGUCGCACUCGUUUUCCCUCGUCGCACUCGUUUCCCCUCGUCGCACUCGAUUCCCCUCGUCGCGAGCGUUUCUCAUCCUCGCGCUCGCUAUCCGUCGUCGCCCACGCUCCCCCUUGUCGCGCUCGCUGCCCCACGACAGCUGUAUGGAGUGUACCCCUUUCUGCCUACUCCUUGUCCCUGCUUCCCCCCAUCCCCUACCCUGCUUCCCCCCAUCCCGUUCCCUGCUUCCCCCCAUCCCCUUCCCUGCUUCCCCCAAUCCCCUUCCCUGCUUCCCCCCAUCCCCUUCCCUGCUUCCCCCCAUUCCCUUCUCUGCUUCCCCCCAUCCCCUUCCCUGCUUCCCUCCAUUCCCUACCCUGUUUCCCCAUGUCCCCUUCCCUGCUUCCCCCCAUCCCCUUCUCUGCUUCCCCCCAUCCCGUUCCCUGCUUCCCCCAGUCCCCUUCCCUUGCUUCCCCCCAUCCCGUUCCCUGCUUCCCCCAAUCCCCCUCCCCUGCUUCCCCCAAUCCCCUUCUCUGCUUUCCCCCCAUCCCCUUCCCUGCUUCCCCCCAUUCCCUACCAUGUUUCCCCGUAUCCCCUUCCCUGCUUCCCCCCAUCCGCUUCUCUGCUUCCCCCCAUCCCGUUCCCUGCUUCCCCCAAUCCCCUUCCCUUGCUUCCCCCCAUCCUGUUCCCUGCUUCCCCCCAUCCCCUUCUCUGCUUCCCCCCAUCCCCUUCUCUGCUUCCCCCCAUCCGCGCGCAGACUCCACCCACCUGCCCUCCCCAUCCCUGCCUUUCCCUCCCUGCCCUGUCCUUCCCCUUCCCCAUCCCUUCCUUUUCAUGCCCUCCCCUUCCCCCUCACUCCUCACCAGCUGCCCUGUUGUUCCCGAGCGUGUGCACCCAUCUAUUUCCCCAUACAUGCUUUCAUCAUUCCCCAUGUCCCCUUUCCGUUACUACCCCAUGUCCCCUUCCCUGCUUCCCCCCAUCCCCUUCCCUGCUUCCACAACUCCCCUUCCCCGCCUCCCCCUGUCCCCUUCCCUGCUUCCCCGUGUCCCUUUCCUUGCUUCCCCCCAUCCCCUUCCCUUCUGGUGCCCCAUCCCUUUACAUGCUUCCCCCCAUCCUCUUCCCUUCCCCCCAUCCCUUUCCCUGCUUCCCCAUGUCCCCUUCCUUGCUUCCCCCCAUCCCCUUCCCAACUUCCCCGUGUUCCCUUCCCUGCUUCCCCAUGUCCCGUUCCCUGCUUCCCCCCAUCCCCUUCCCUGCUUCCCCAUGUCCCUUUCCCUGCUUCCCCCCAUCCCCUCCCCUGCUUCCCCGUGCUCCCUUCCACGGCACUCACACGCACCACUUGUCUGCUCUUCAUAUUCUCCCUCAGUUUCCUCCUCACAUGUGUUGCGGAACCCUGGCAAUUGUGCUGAAUCUGGAUCAUGGGGCAAAGGCAUUUGAAUCGAGUAGAGCUGUGUGGUGUGGUCAGUGCGGAGUGGCAUGGGAGGAAGGUGCAAGAAGGCAAGCACAGAGUGAAGAGGCCGCAGCAUGA